AUGUACGGGUGUCGUCGUCCUCGUUUCGCCGAACGCAAAGUCUGCCUCCCAGUCGGCCUGUGUCCUGUUGCCGUCUUGUGUUCGUUGAUCGUCUUGGCCCAUUCCUCCCUCCCUCUCUCCCUUUCUCGCACUAUUCUUUUUCGCUACGCAAGAGCUGAAGCAGAUGCUGAGAACCAUCAAGAGCGGAAAGGGGUCGGUGCCGCUAAGAACGACAAGUCCCAGGAAGGAAGUGCCGUGAAGGCCCUCGAGAAGGUCUUCAAGCAUGCAGAAGCCCUUCUUGUGGCGGCGACGAAGGCUGGCGAGACUGCGAAGGCCACACGGAAAGCGGCGCAACAGGCUAAGCAGGAGGCGAUGUACCUGUUUGCCAAGAACCCCAGCGCGGAGAGUGUGGAGGGGCGAAUCAAGAACUGGGGCGACAAGAUCAAGAAGCUUCAGCGGGUCAGUCUCUGGAUCACAGCGCCCCUGUCGCGAGCUCGAAACUCCGAAGGCGAGCAGAGUUACAGCACGGCGGUGAAGUACGACUAAAUCUCCUGCAUCCGGGCGCGUCUGCGGUAGGGACUGUCACCUCAAAGAAUCACGCAGCUCAUUGGACGAGCUUGUGGAGAACGCCAACUCAUAAACCAUGACCGACCACCACGUUCAACCGUUGUUGUUACAUGUAGUAGCACCGACGGCGGAUUGUACUGUAAUUGUGGGCGUGGUGUCGACUAGAUAUCGACAGACUGCUGCUGUCGUCACCUUCUCCACGUAAGCAAUGCCAGCUGAAGUAAUUGCUUCCAAGUCCUCACGUGCAUCGUGUAUCUUCACGUACGUGCACACGGCAACGUAUAAUAUAUGCCUGAAAUACACCCCCCCCCUCCAAGUGCCCCCCCCCCGGUGNCUAGACUUCAGUGGGUUGGCGCUGUUGGCAAAGCGCUGUAAAACACGCCACCCCAAAUAUAGCCCCCAUAGUAUGCGCUACCAAAGACGCGUGACGCAUGGAUGCGUGGAGUGAGGAUUACUUACGGAAACCUCACAGGUUGAGUGAUGUGGGAGAUUGCCAGACACAUAGACGGGUUGCGUGGGGAUAAAUGCUGGAACCCCACGGGUUGGGUGAUGUUGGAGUGCCGGACACAUAGACGCGUUGAAUGAGGAUAGACAUAUAUUGAACCUCACAGGUUAUUUGUAUUGGAGAUUGCGAGACACCUAGACGUGUUGAGUGAGGAUAGAUGCAUUAUGAAACCUCACAGAUGCAUUGGUUUUUGCCAGACACAUAGACGCGCUGAGUGG